AUGAAUUUCAGAUUGUCGGUCCCAAUGGCCAAGAGAAUGGCCGCUACUACCCCUUUUAGACUACAGACGAUGAGAUUUGCCUCCAACAAGACGAUGACCGUCAGAGAAGCCUUAAACAGCGCGAUGGCCGAAGAGAUGGACCGAGAUGACGAUGUUUUCAUCAUUGGUGAAGAAGUGGCUCAAUAUAAUGGUGCUUACAAGGUUACUAAGGGUCUCCUCGACCGAUUUGGUGAGCGUCGUGUGGUUGACACCCCCAUCACCGAAUACGGGCUCUGUGGUCUUGCAGUUGGUGCCGCUUUGAAGGGCCUAAAGCCUAUAGUUGAGUUCAUGUCAUUCAACUUUUCGAUGCAGGCCAUCGACCAUGUGGUCAACUCUGCUGCCAAGACCCACUAUAUGUCUGGUGGUACCCAGAGAUGUCCAAUAGUGUUCAGAGGCCCCAACGGUGCUGCUGUGGGUGUCGGUGCCCAACAUUCUCAGGACUUUUCCGCCUGGUACGGUUCCAUUCCCGGCCUGAAGGUGCUUGUCCCAUAUUCCGCAGAGGAUGCUAGAGGUUUGCUUAAGGCUGCCAUCAGAGAUCCUAACCCUGUGGUCUUCCUGGAAAACGAGUUGCUAUACGGUGAGAAAUUUGAAGUUUCCGAGGAAUGUUUGUCCCCAGAUUUCACAUUACCUUAUAAAUCCAAGAUCGAAAGGGAGGGUACCGACAUCUCCAUCAUUACUUAUACCAGAAACGUCCAGUUCUCUCUAGAAGCGGCCGAGAUCCUGGAUAAAAAAUAUGGUGUCUCCGCUGAAGUUAUCAACUUGCGUUCCAUUAGACCAUUGGACGUUGAAGCUAUUAUCAAAACCGUCAAGAAGACCAACCAUUUGAUCACUGUCGAAUCAACUUUCCCACAGUUCGGUGUCGGUUCUGAAAUUAUCGCCCAGAUCAUGGAAUCUGAAGCAUUCGACUAUCUAGACGCUCCAGUUCAAAGAGUCACUGGUGCCGAUGUCCCAACCCCUUACGCGAAGGAAUUGGAAGACUUUGCCUUCCCAGACCCUGACACCAUCGUUAGGGCUGCAAAGGAAACUUUGUCCAUAGAGUAA